AUGGACUCUUCUUUCGAUUACAUCAUUGUCGGCGGGGGUACGGCGGGCGUUGUUAUUGCUUCGCGCCUUAAGAAAUACCUUCCAGAUUCCAGAAUCGCGCUCGUGGAAGCGGGGCCAAAUGCCGUCGAACACCCGAAAGUUAACGAUGUAUCCGAUCCAACCGCCCUCAUCCAGCUCCUUCAAGAAGGCCUCGUUGUCGACUAUUCCACAACCCCACAAGAUCAUCUUGAUAACCGAGAGAUCAUGAACCCCGCUGGCCGUCUCCUAUCUGGUUCAAGUGGCGUCAACGUAGGGAUGUGGAUGCGUGCUUCGACUGCUGAUCAUGAGGUGUUGGCGAAGAAGGCGGGCCAUCAGAGGUUCACUUUCAACAACAUGCUAAAGUAUAUCAAGAGGCUGGAAACGCAUUUUGAUCUCGAGGCUGACAAGGAUUACUGUGGGUUUGACGGGCUGAUUCACACGGUCGGAGGAAGAAAGUAUCCGCUCAGGGAGAUUUUGCAAAAGAGUGCGGAGAAGCUGGGCCAUCGAUACAAUCCAGAUGCUGCAAAAGGCGACCCAAUUGGACUGGCCGACUUUAAUCAAUGCUUCCGCGCGACGUCAGCCUCAACGGUGACUCGACAACAUAGCGCCAAGGUGUACGAUCUCAGCGGUGUCGAGGUGUUUUGCGAUACGCCAGUGGCUCGAAUAAUCUUCGACGAGUCCAGGCGAGCGACUGGCGUGGAACUACUAUCCGGCGAGAAGCUGUAUGCGAGCAAAGAAGUAAUUGUUUGCUGCGGCGCACAGAAAACGCCUCAGAUUCUUAUGCUCUCUGGAAUCGGCCCUAAAGUCGACCUCACGAAACAUGAUAUCUCGACCAUUGUUGAUGCUCCCUCUGUAGGCCAAAACCUUUUCGACCACUCGAUCCUUUUUCAGUACUACAAGCUCAAAGAGCCGUCAAAGGGGUAUUCUGUUCCCUUUGAAGGAACGGCGAGACCAGAGUAUGGCCAAGGACUGCCAAUUGACUUUUCUCUCAUCGCAAAUAUCGAGGCUGCAAAUCUGAUGCCGCAUCUCGAACAGGACAGCCUCGAUACUAGAUCUGGAGACGCGCUGCAUAUGCUCCCGCUUUCCCGAGGAACUAUAACCCUCAAAUCCGCCGAUCCCAACGAUGGCCCCAUCUGUAAUCCGCGCUUCCUCUCCACCCACACAGAUCGCUACAUCCUGCGCCGUGCCGUGCGCGAGAACAUCAAGUUAGUCGAAACCGAGCCGUUUGCCUCUGAAAUCGAAGGCGAAGCCCCGCCUGCAGACCCAAAGUUUCCCAUAUUAACAAGUCAGAGCAGCGACGAGGAUAUCGACUCGAGGAUCAGGGCUUUUGCUGCAACUGUGUUGCAUCCCAUGGGCACCUGCGCCUUGGGGACGGUGCUAGAUGAUGAGUUUAGGGUGAAUGGAGUAAAGGGCUUGAGGGUGUGCGAUGCGAGUGUGUUCCCUGACCCGAUUGCUGCCAUGCCGAGUGGUACUAUAUACGCGCUGGCGGAGAUGUGCGCGGAGCUUGUUGCUGGGGAUGCGUGA